CAUAUAUUGAUUCUAAUUUCUAAAUACUAUCGGCAAAAUUCAGGUGAAAAAAGGAAUUAUAUUUAAUAAAACAUCUUCUUCCUUUGAUUUAACGACCGACUUCUGCUUUCACCGAUUUCUUCGAUUUUCAGAGAUUACGAGUUGGAGCUUUGUAGAUCAAGCAUCUUUUUGAAGAUUUUAACAGUGAUUCUGACAAAAAAAGUUAACUUUGCAGGCACAGGUUUGUCAGUGUCCUGUCGUCAUAUUCCACCCUUCUGAGCGUUGGUUUGAUGCGUAUAUAUUCUAGUAAUACAACAUUGCCAUGCAAGAUUGUGUUAACUGGUUUCUCAACACAGAUAGUGUGUGGAAACUGAUGCCAUGUCAGCAUCUAGAAAAUUUGAUAUCUCCAGUAGUCCUGAUAGGCCAUUGUAUGCAUCUGGCCACCGUGGUUCCUUUGGUACCGCCUCACUGGACAGAUCAGGUAGCUUUCGGGAGAACUUGGAGAACCCACUUUUAUCAAGUCUGCCAAGUAUGACAAGAAGCAAUGCAUCGGUAACUCAAAAUGAUGUAGUCAACUUCUUCCAUUGUGUGCGUGUUGAUCCAAAGUCCAUGGUCGUAGAUCAUAAGUUGAAUAGGCCAGCAGAUUUUAAGCGGCUUGCUAGUGCUGCUGUUGGUAUGCCCCUGGAAGAUUUUUUACCGUCAUCUUCCAAAAGCAAACUUCUAACUUCUCCCGCACUAGAUGACCUCAGGCGCCUAAAAUCUGGUGUGCGGGAAAGUGGUACUAAAGCUAGGGAACGCGUGAAGAUAUUCAAUGACUGUUUAUCAGUAGUUAACAAGUGUUUCCCUGCUAUUCCAUCGAGAAAGAGAUCCCGGCUGGAUGCCUUGUCAAUCGAUCGUUCAGCAUCUGGGGUGGGUGUUGGGAAAAAGGGAUUGCAAAACCAUGCUAUUUCAAGUGGUUUUGAGCUGGAGCAACAAAAGUCUGAAGGAAGGAUAAAGAAUGCCAUUCCAAGCAAGCGCACUCGAACUUCUAUGGCUGAUGCUAGGAUGGAAGCACGAGCUAAUAUCCUUGCAAGACCACCUGCGACUAUGGAUAAGGACAGGGAUGCAGUAAGAAUCUCUAGUUCUAAUUCAGUUCAGGGUGAGGAUCAAACUAUAUCCAUUGCUGUUGAUGGUUGGGAGAUUUCCAAAAUGAAGAAAAAGCGCACGGGUAAAAAGGUAGACAAUGCUGGUAGUUCAAUGAAGACAAAAGCAGUUGAUGGUUAUAGGGAACCUAAACAAGGAACACAUCCGCGUCUAAUUCCCGAAGCCCGUUCAAGGGUGGCUGAUGCCUAUGGCUUCAGAUCUGGUGCUACUAAUGGAGGCGUGGGUCUAGGGAAGAGUGAGGCUACCUCCCAGACCAGUUCAGGCAUGCGGUCAUCUAUGUCUCGGACUGAUUCUGAGAACAGUUCUGUUCUCCAUGAGAGGAGAGAGCGUUCUAAUGGUCAAGAGAAAGAAAGGAUGAAUCUGAAAGCCGUAAACAAGGCAAAUUCACGAGAAGAUAUCAGUUGCAGUAGCCCUACUUCAGGCUCAAAAUCGAAUGCUAAUGUUCGGGCCCCACGCUCAGUUUUAGUCGGUGGUGUCUCUAAGAUGUCUCAAGCAGUGCAACGGUCUGUAUCAUCUAAUGAUUGGGAUCUUUCUAACUGUACAAACAAGGUUACUGGUGGCCUUGGGGCCAGCAGUCGUAAACGAACCCCUUCUGCUCGGCCCUCAUCUCCUGUUGCCAGUUGGGCUCAGAGGCCACAAAAGAUUUCUCGAACUGCAAGAAGAACUACUUUAUUACCAGUUGUUUCUGGAAAUGAUGAGGACCCUAUUAUGGAAGCUGCAUCAUCUGACAUGGUUGUGAAUGAGAGGCGUUUUCCUGCCCAUACUCCUAAGCAAGCCAAAAUAAAAUGUGACAAUGUCUCUCCAGCUGUAUUAUCUGAAAGUGAGGGAUCAGGUGCUGCUGAAAUCAAGUCAAGAAACAAGAAUAAGAAGUCUGAUGCGCUAGAUGAGAAAGGUGUUAAGAAUGUCCAGAAAAUCUCAGCUCUGCUGCUACCACCAAGGAAAAACAAGGCAGUCAAUACAGGUGACCGCGGAGAUAGUGUUAGGAGGCAAGGCAGAACUGGUCGAGGAUUUACUUCCUCUAGGUCCCUCUUGCCUUUGUCAGUGGAAAAGCUUGGGAAUGUGGGAACCACUAAACAAAUUAGAAGUUCAAGACUUGGUCUUGACAAGACUGAAAGCAGAGCGGGGAGGCCACCUACAAGAAAGCUUUCUGAUAGGAAGGCUUAUACGCGACAAAAGCAUAUUACCAUUAAUACAGGAGCAGAUUUCCUUGUUGGUGCUGAUGAUGGUCAUGAAGAGCUUUUGGCUGCUGCAAAUGCUGUAACAGACACUGCUCAAGCCCUAUCUAGCCCAUUCUGGAAGAAGAUGGAGCCUUUAUUUCAUUUUAUCACUGAUGUGAAUAUAUCCUAUUUGAAAGAUCAGAUUAAUUCUGGUACAGCGGUGGACGCACCUGCUCCAGUUCCUCUUGAUACAGUUAGCUGCAUUUCAGCACCUGACUAUGGCUCGAACGAAUUUGGGAGAGGUGAGACUGAAGCAAGAAGUGUGGAACUUAGCUCUGAGCAUGUUGCUCCUGGAAUGGAGAAGCCAGAUGAGAUUUCUAUGUACCAGAGACUUAUUGCAGCUUUGAUUCCUGAAGAAGAAGAUGAAUCCGAAUAUGAUGUGCAUGAAUCUUCAUUUGAGAUUGAAAAAGAUUUCGGAUCAAAUUCUUUCUGCUCUCACACGUCACCAAGUUGUGACCCUUCUGGAUGUCCUACGUUUAAUGGUUAUGAUGUAAAUUCAAAUGGAAGAUCAUUUUACGAACUGGAGAAGAACAUUAUGCCAAUUCCUGGCACGGGUUUCUCAAGCUGCGAUCAUUUGCAAAAUGGUUUACACACUAACCAGUCGAUACCUAGUACAAUAUGCUCCGAGUAUCAGUAUCAAAAUAUGUCAGUAAAUGAAAGACUAAUCAUGGAAGUUCACAGCAUAGGAAUCUAUCCAGAUUUAGUGAGUGGAGAUGAAAUAAGUGGAGAUAUCACUAAGUUGGAUGAGAAGUACAAGGAACAGGCUUCACGGAAGAAGAGCUUGCUCGGCAAACUUCUAUGUUCUGCUACUGAUGCUAAAGAGCUCCAGCAGAAGGAAUUUGAAGGGCGUGCUCUUAGCAAACUUGUGGAAAUGGCCUAUGAGAAGUACAUGAGUUGCUGUGGACCUAAUGCCCAUGGGAUGAAAAGUGCCAGUGGUAAAAUGGCCAAGCAAGCAGCCUUAGCUUUUGUUAAGCGGACUAUGGAACGGUACCGGGAAUUUGAGGAGACAGGAAAGAGCUGCUUUGACGAUCCUCUGUAUAAGGAUAUUUUCCUCUCUGGUGUAUCCCGCCUUGUAGAUGGACAACCUUUGAACUCCAGCACUAGUAAUGAGUCUGGAAAACUGCAUCUUGGAGAAUCUGGAUUCUCUGUCGAAGCUAGAACUUCAGCUCCUCUUGGUGCACAUCAGAGCCCCAGUUCAAACAAUCAGGAUCUUUAUUCUUCUGAAUUAUUUACAUCAAAUAAUCUGGGUUCUGAUGAAGUUACUGGUAAUGAAGAAAGUUGGUCAAAUAGAGGGAAAAGGAGGGAAGUGUUACUUGAUAAUGUAGGUGGUAUUAUCAGCAAUGGCCUUGGUGGUUCUCUCUCAUGCAGUGCAAAAGGAAAAAGAAGUGAGAGGGACAGAGAGGGAAAAGGAAACAACAGAGAGAGCUUCCCCAAAAAUGGAACUACAAAAAUUAGUCGCACUGUAUCAGCCUCUGUCAAAGGUGAUAGAAAGUCCAAGGCAAGACCCAAGCAGAAAACUGCUCAUUUGUCUGCUUCAGUCAAUUGUUCGGGAAAUAUGGGAGAACAAACAAAAGGAAUAUUCUCAGCAACGCUGAAAUCAAGUGAGAAUAGCCAAAGUAACUUUGGCAAGGAUGAGAACAACUAUUCCAAUGACAUAUUGGAGGAACCAAUUGAUUUAUCUGGACUGCAACUGCCUGAUAUGGAUGACUUAGGUGGUAAUGGAGAGGACCUAGGAUCAUGGUUGAUGAAUAUUGACGAUGGGUUACAUGAUAAUGAUUGUAUUGGUGGCCUUGGAAUCCCAAUGGAUGACCUGGCAGGGUUGAAUAUGAUGAUUUGAGAACUCAAUGUUGUAAAUUCUGUGCCCAUAUAUACAAUUACAAAAAGAAAAAAGAAAGAAAAGUUGGCCACUGACAAUUGAGUUUGUGCCAUUGUCCGGACCAUGAGCUCAGCUUGAGUGAUUAUGGAGUCUCUCUUUUUCCUACUUAAGGAUUAUGUGUGUAAUCAGAGGCUGUUGACAGUUGACUGUAAAGAUCUUUUUGUUCGACUUCGACAUAUAAGCCCACAUCUCAGUUGUACGGUCUUAGUAAAGAUUAUUUUCGUUGUAGCAAUUACAGAUCAGGAACAAUUCCCCCUGUACAUACAUAAGUUAUAUAUAUUCUAAUAAAAUCAUACUUUUGCUGAA